UUAUCUCUUUGAGUAAUUGAGAUGAUUCUGUUCCAGAUAUGGAUAUAUGGGAAUAGCUUCGAGUCUUUCCUUGUUGCCAUUGUAAAUCCCAACAAACAGGCUCUUGAGCAUUGGGCUGAAGAGAAUGAGAUAAGUGGAGAUUAUCCUGCCCUGUGUGAGAACCCCAGAGAAAAAGAAUAUAUCCGUGGCGAGCUUUCAAAGAUUGCAAAAGCAAAGAAGUUGAAAGGUUUUGAGUUCAUAAAAGCUGUUCACCUUGACCCAGUACCAUUUGACAUCGAGCACGAUUUGCUGACCCCAAAGUACUCAAAGAAGCGGCCACAAUUGCUCAAGCACUACCAGGUUAGUUAUCCUGUCUUCUCUUUGAACUGUAAGAACUCCAUGACUCAUAGAAAGAGGCAUGUGUCCAUAUCCCUAUUGUGUGCAAUUUUUUGCUUCCUCAGUGAUGGUUUUACAGCAAUCUGAUUCUGUUAAACUAUUCAUGGUUCUUCCAAAACAAAAGAAACCUUUUUUUUUUCUUGAGACAGAGAGAAAGGGAGGGGAACAUACCCACACUAUAAUUCCCCAGGUUCAUAUUUUUGGGAUGCACUAUCCAAGAAUCGAACUCGGAACCUCUGGGUGCUAAGCAAAAGGGUGUGACCCUUGUUGCAAGCGCUGAUUAACGAGAAGUGUUGUGUUGUUCAUUCCUUACAUUUUAUUUCAUAAAACACAUCUUUUUAACUGUGCCAAGAUAUACUUGAUCUAAAUGCCUGACAUUCUAAUAUAUUAAUGUACGUUCAGAGUAUCAUCAACGGGCUAUACAAAAGCACCA